AUGUCCGAGUCGGGAGUGUCAAAUGGUGCUCCGGAGGUAAAGAACCCUCGCGCUCCGGAACGGGCGCAUCUGGGCCUCGAUUUGGCGGUAGACGGACCUGGGCCGCUUCACGACGACCGGCCCCGCCACAUCCAGUCGCAAUCCUCGCUGCGAUCACAGUCACACAUUGCAUCUGUACCAUCCAUUACCGGCGCUCACAAUGGCGGCGAGGCUGAUGUAGCGGAGGAGUUGGCCUGGGGCCCUGCGCAUCCGUGUUAUCCUCACAUCAACCCACAUGUUCCGAUCGGGUCCGAGGAGUACAUGACCACCCGCAUCAUACGAAUACGGCGUGAUUGGAUGAUAAAGGGAGACCUGGCUCCCACGUUCUCCAACCUGUACCCCGAGAUUCUGGACCCGCUAUUACCUGAACAAGAGUUUCGAAAGGUGAUCGCCACAGUGAAUGAUGAGCUCGUCAAGGCGUUCGAUCCGUUUAGCCUUCGCAAUUUCAUCGACAGUGCGCUGAGCCUUCUGACGGGAUGGAUUUGGGAAGACAUAGGCGCGCCAGGAAUCAAGAGCCAUCUCAAACGGGUGGAAGCUUGGCUGGAGAGGUGGAAUAGAGAGGUUGGGGCCAAGGACGGAGUACAUAUCUGGAGUCUCCGCAGGACGGCGUACAUGUCGCUAGACAUCCAGAUUCCAGAUCCCAAGGUUGGCAUCAUCCGCAGUGAGGGAGUUCCAUCACUUCCAGGGACCCGGCCGAGCAGCGGUGUCUGA